AUGGCAGCCAAGGCUUAUAGCCCCUCUGAAGGGGGCCUUCUGCUUUCGUCAGUAGGCCUAGCCCCUGCUCACUUAAAUGACUCUGAUAAACUAAGUAGAUCCUACCCCUGGGCCAGCAAGAGCAGGAAAAGUCAACUCUCUGAACUCUGCCGGCUUAGAGCAUCUCUGUCUGGGGAGAAAUGGAGCUCCUACUGUUUGUCUUCGCUGGCAGCUCGUAACAUUUGUACCGGCAAAAUUGGUAACUCGUGGGCUCAGUGGGGUUCUGCCUCCCUCUCCAGUUCCAUUGAAAGUUCUGCUUCUUGCUCCUUUUUGCAUGCCCUCACUGUGGAGAAAUCCAGCCAGCACCUCCCCACUGCUGCACGCAAUCCAAGCAAAGCUAUCUUCACCGUGGAUGUCAACACAACAGAGAUCCUAGUGGCUAAUGACAAAGCCUGCAAGCUGCUUGGGUGCAGUAGUCAGGAACUCAUUGGUCAAAAGCUGUCCCGCUUUAUAUCCAAAUCCAGCCAAGAGGUAUGGGAAGCUGUGGGUGAGGAGUACAUAGAAACUGAUGAACGUUCGUCGGUGAUUUCAGGAACUGUGGUGGAUGUUAUAGGCCGUCUCAAAGAGAAGAUCCCUGUCUCGGUCUGGCUGAGACGAAUAAGAAGCAAGGACAACCAGUGUUGUGUGGUUGUGCUGGAACCAGUGGAAAGACUUACAGCAUCUGUUUCCUUCAGGGUUGACGGAGAGAUUACAUCAUGUGACCUCCUUUUUGCCCAUCUCCAUGGCUACCCAACAUUGGAAGAAGUAGUUGGGCUUCACAUAAAGGACCUGAUUCCUUCUGUGCAGAUCCCUCCUCUAGGCAAAAAAAUCCCAAAGAACCUCAGGAUCCAGCAAGCUGUAGGCCGAUCCAGAGAGGGUAACAUGUUUCCUCUCAGCUUAAAUCUGCAAGUAAGCCUUCUGGAGGAGGACCAAGCGGCAGUGCAGAAAGACGGUGUUCUGCAGACAGAAAAAGAAGGCUCUUUCACAGGCUAUCAUUACUCUGCUACAGUCGUGGUUUUUUCCACCAUCAGUGGUCUUAUUACUCUCCAGUCAGAUGGAACCAUCUGUGCAAUCAAGGAUAGUUUUGCUUUAAUGCUCUUUGGCUAUGAGAAGAAAGAACUGUUGGGAAAGAACAUUACGUUCCUGAUCCCUGGUUUCUAUAGCAACAUGGAGAGAAGCAGUGACUGUUCUUUGCCAUUACCUCCUCUUGACGACUCCAUGGGGACAGAGAGCGAGUGCAUCUUUGAAGAUGUUACUGCCUGCCAUACAACUGUCUCUGGCUGCUGUAACAAAGAAAUGCACAUCUGGAUUGAAACCAAUGCACACUACUGGAACAAAGAAGAGUUAGUAGAUGUUGUGCGAUUUCAUAA